UACUUCACGUCUUGCUCUCGUUGCGAAAAUGAAAGUAUGGAAUCGAAAGGCUAGCGCAAUUAUUUUACUUCGUGCACUUUACUUUUACUAGUAUUUGCAGCCUUGAGCGGACGCGCGUUUUGUGCUUUAUAGUGUUCUAAGUGUAGUUAGAUUCUAUUAGAAAUAUGGCUGAUUCUCAAGAUGUUAUACUGCAAAAAAUUAAGGAACAGGGUGAUCUUGUUCGGAAGUUAAAAUCUGCUAAGGAAUCGCCUGAAAAGGAAGGGUCAUUAAAUUACGAUCUUGGAGAAAUUGAUAGAUAUUUGUCUCAAUAUAGCUACAUCUGUGGUUAUACGCCUAGCAAAUCCGAUAUAGAACUGAGUAAACAGUUAGACAAUAUAGAUUUUCAAAAAUAUAAGCACAUCAAGAGGUGGUGGUACCAUAUGCGGAGUUUCAGUGAAUGGGAAAUUUCAUUAUUUCCGGUAACUCCUCCUCCCAAUAUAUUACGGACAUCCAAAAGCAACAGUAAACCUCUCAGUGAACAGAUUCAAGAAGAGGUAGCAAAGUUGUUAGCAUUGAAGGCACAACUGAGCCCAGAAGAUGCCGCCCCACAGAAGUUCACACUCAAAACCCCUAAAGGAACCCGAGACUACAAUCCACAACAGAUGACCAUUAGAAACAAUGUACUACAGAAGAUCAUCACUGUUUUCAAGAGACACGGUGCUGAGUGCAUUGAUACACCAGUCUUUGAACUGAAGGAAGUCCUAACUGGUAAAUAUGGUGAAGACUCAAAGUUGAUUUACGAUUUGAAAGAUCAGGGUGGUGAGAUCCUCUCCCUUCGUUAUGACCUGACCGUACCCUUGGCACGGUACUUGGCAAUGAACAAGAUUAACACACUGAAACGGUACCAUAUUGCCAAAGUGUACCGCAGAGAUAACCCUGCGAUGACGAGAGGUCGCUAUCGGGAGUUUUAUCAAUGCGAUUUCGACAUCGCCGGCCAGUACGACCCGAUGGUGCCAGACGCGGAAUGUCUGAAAGUCGUUACGGAGAUACUAGACGCCCUCGACAUUGGCCCGUAUGUGCUGAAGGUCAACCACCGGAGACUGCUCGACGGCAUGUUUGAGGCUUGCGGCGUGCCAGCAGACAAGUUCAGAUCUACGUGUUCUACUGUUGACAAGUUGGAUAAGUCACCAUGGGACGAAGUGAGGACAGAGAUGAUCAAUGAAAAAGGAAUAACCCCAGACGCAGCGGAUAGAAUUGGUGAAUAUGUACGUCUGAACGGAGGCACGGAGCUGGUAGACAAAUUAUUGAAAGACGAAAAGCUGUCAAAGACGAAAGCCGCCGUCGAAGGCCUAGACGGCAUCAAACUGUUGCUCCAGUACUGUGAACUCUUUGGUAUUAAAGAUAAAAUUCUCUUUGACUUGAGCUUAGCUAGAGGAUUGGAUUACUACACCGGAGUCAUAUACGAAGCUGUUUUAACACAGCCCAUUAAGAUCGGUAAUGAACUGCAAACUGUGGGUUCCAUUGCCGGCGGCGGUCGAUACGAUAACCUUGUUGGCAUGUUUGACGCGAAGAAUAAACAGGUUCCCUGUGUAGGAGUAAGCAUGGGUGUAGAGCGUAUAUUCAGCGUUCUAGAAGCGAAAUUGGCCGUGGGAGAGUUGCGUGUGCGUACUACCGACGUCGACGUGUACGUUGCGUCCGCGCAGAAGAACUUCCUCGAAGAGCGCAUGAAGAUCUGCGCUGAGCUCUGGGACGCUGGGAUUAAGACGGAGCAAUCCUACAAGAAGAAUCCAAAAAUGCUGACACAACUUCAACACUGCGAAGAGAGCGGCAUCCCCCUCGCCGUGGUCCUUGGCGAGUCAGAACUAAAACGAGGAGUCGUCAAGGUGAGGAACAUCAGCGCCAGACAAGAGGACGAGGUACCAAGGGACAAGCUGGUUGAGGAACUAAGGAACAGAAUAGCCGCCAUCCACGUCCAAAUGAACGGCUCGUGAAUAGUUUGGUAUGUUGAAGAUCAAAUAGGAUUAUACAGGGAUGUGAUUGUGGGAUUAGAAAGGCGAUAAUUUUGAGUUGGAAGUGUUAACCUCUCCGGUACUAUGUCUCCUGCAGAGCGCACAUGCGCAAUGUGAUAAAAUUUUGUCACGGUCACAUUAUUGACUCUGACGAUAUAUGUCGUUUUGUCGAUAGGUGCUAACAUGGCAAACCGAAAAAGUCACGUCGUUCUGUCAAAAUACGAUAACGUGAUAAAUUGUCGACGAAGCCUAACAUGGCACCAUAUUUUUAUCAGAUUCUGUGGACUUUUGCCACGUCUACGUAAUAUGUCCAUACUGUCACUUUUUAUGUUUUAAUGGGAAAAAAGGUAAAUAAUUCAAAACGAAAAGUAUGCUUGCUGCCAAAUGCAAAAUAUUUUUUUUACAAAAUGGCUACAUUGUUUUCUCGACAUGAUAAACGUUUACCGUGACGGUAAUUUUAUCGAGGGUGACACACAUGUUAGGGAAAAUGACAAACUUAUCGAUUUUGACAAAACUUAUCGACUAGAUCGAUCAUUUUAUCACGUUGUGCAUGUUGGAAGGGCUGAACUCCCGAAUCCCGUUAGUGUUUCGUAAAAGCCAUAAACAAUCCUAUUUUGUUUUCGACAACAAUCAAAUUUACAGUAUUGUAUAGCAGUUCCUUAGUGGCGUAUUUUACCGACACACAAUGUACAAAGUAUCUAAUUUACCACUCCACAAAAUGUCCAACAAAUGCCAGUCGUGCGGACGCUAUUGCCGCUCCCGUAUUGGACUUUUCAGUCAUACAUGACCUUGCCACAGAAACGCUGUAUAAAUCAUCUGAUCAAGAUGUAAAGGCCUAAGUAUAAUGAUGACUCCACAAAAUGUCCAAUACCUACAAAUCGCAAUGUCGCCAAAAUAACGUUUGACAAGUGAGGAAAGGGUUAAGCGGCAUAGACAAAAUAUUGUUUUUCUUUUUCAAUUUACUUUGGCUUGUGACGUAUAUGAUAAUAAGUAAAAUUAAUCUCAUAUUAGAAUAGUUCAAUAAACACCAUGAUAAUUUGACUGCUGUCAGGAGAAUACAUCUUUCAGACCAGGAGGGUUAAAAUGGCUGCAUCGAAGCAAUUCAUCUAAGAAAGCAAUAUUACUAUUUGACAUUUGUUUGUAUUGCGCGCUUUUAUAUGCGCAAAUGUACGUACAUACAUAAACUCACGCCUAUUUCCCACCGGGGUAAGCAGAGACUAUAGAAUUCCAUUUACUUCGAUCCUGACACACUUUUCUUGCUUCCUCCACAUUUAUCAAUCGCUUCAUACUAAUGUCAAAUUGCAAUAAUAAUGAUAAUAUUGCUUUCUUAGAUGAAUUGCUUCGAUGUGGCCAUUUUAAACCCCCUUACCUCGGAAUUAUGUCGAGGAUUUGGAUCAAGAGACGCAGUGAAUUUUAUCUAGGUAGAUAAACGGCGUACGGUUAUUGGUCGUACGCACCGAUAUGAUUUGCGUCGCGGCACGGAAACCGUUUUGUGUUUUUCGCACUAGGAUGUACGAUACUUAGCAGACUAUAGGAAUGAGUUGUCUUUUGUUACUUAUGUACUAUCAAUAAAUUUGUGACACUACUUCCAUGAUUUGAUACAUUUUUGUGGGUAAAUAAUAAAAUAACAAUACCUGUAUUAGAUACUUUAAUUUAAUUUUGUAUUUAAUAUCUUUGUGAUAACUGUGUUAAUUAUUAUACCUACGAUGUCAAAGCAUUUAUGAUAAGAAUGUAAAAGUUAAAACGUACUUUAAAGCUACGUUGUAACUUUUUUAUAAUAAUUACUUUAUACAACUUCAAAAUAUCGUUUUUUGCUUUUCAGUGUUAAAAAAGUUUAGCUCACGGUCGUUUGAAAUGUUUUUAAAUUAUAGUUUUGUUCUUGCGUAGUAAUUUAUUUUAGAACGACCUACGAAACUUCUUUUUUUAGUUGCUAAAUCCAGUAAAUUUAUUUUUAUUUAAAGUAUAAACACAGAAGCGUUAUUUACGGUUGAACUGUAUAUGUGUGGACAUUAUAAAUAAACGAAUUUCAUCAUAA